AUGGGUGGCGGCGCUUCCGCAGCGACAGCCGGCUCACAGGUGGUGGACCUGCGCGCAUUGGACCCGUCACCGUGUCCAUCGCGCGGGUCUCUCUCGCCUCUGCGGUCUGGCCAUGUGCACCGGCGCGGCUCGCGCUGCGAGGACGCGCCGGCGACCCAAAUCCUCGAGUUUUUGUAUCUGGGAAGCGUGAAGGACGCGCAGGAUGCCGCUUUCUUGGCGAGGCACCAAAUCCGCUACAUCAUCAACGUCUCUCAAGAGGAGUACUGGUCGGUGGAUAAGAAGGUGCAGAUCUUCACCUUCAAAGUGGACGACUCUGCCACAGCUGAUAUUGCGGCACUCUUUCAGCCCACGCGCGACCUUAUCAACAGCAUCCGCGGGCGCUACUAUCGCUACGCAAGAGGUGAGAGCUCUACGCGGCCGGCGGUGCUGGUGCACUGUCAAAAAGGUCGCAGCCGCUCCGCGACGAUCGUGUUAGCGUACCUCAUCUAUACGAACGGCUGGUCCGUGGCAGAGGCGAUGAAGUAUGUCGGUGGGCGUCGGCCCUGCGCGGAGCCGAACAUCGGCUUCAUGGAGGAGUUGCGGAAGCUGCAGGAGAGCCUCUCCUUCGAAGAGCGCACGAGGCGGUACAGCGAGCUGUGCUGGUUCAUGCGCAACCUGAGUGCGGAAACGUCGCAGUCGCACGUACGGGAGCUAUUCGAGAAGCGCAUCGGCAUGGUGCGACAUGUCGUCACCUACGUCGUGGCCGGCGGCGGGGCUGGUAACGUUGGCGACGGUGGCACGGUUGGCAACUGUGGUGAUGGCAGUCGAGUGACAGCGCAACGCGAAGCGCAAUUUUCUGCGUCUUGGCCGGCGGCUCCGUCCACCGGCGACAGUGACGCCGCGGACCCUCUGGCGGCGUUUGAUGUUGGGGUGGCGCCGAGGAAGCAAAGCGACGGUGUAGACGCGCAGCCUGCAGCCAAAGACGGCGACACACACGCGUACAAGGACGCCAGUGACGCCGUGAGCCUGCUUCGCAGUCCCAGCACGGAGAAGACGAUGCUAUGCUUUGUCUUCUUCACCUGCCGCGAGGACGUACUGCACGGCAUCAAGUCGGGGCAGUUCCAGCAGCUGCUUCUCCAGCUCCAUCCAGCAGCAGGCAAGCAGAUCAAGUACGCAACUGGUCCGAAGCUGAAGAAGAUCAUGACGGAGCACCAGAGUAUUUCGAGCAGCUUCGUGCAAGACAUGGCGGGAUUCAGCGACCACGUCACGACUCCAACGGGCGGUGAGUCCGCAGCGCCUGAUGCUGAUGGUGCAGUGCAAACACAGGGAGUGGCAGCGCCUGCUAGCAAGGAGGCAGUGGUGACGCUGCCUGCGUGA